GUCUCUUCAGUUGCUGACGAAUAUUAUCUUGGCUCAAUUGAAAAUUUUUCUAAAAUAAAAAUAAUAUUUGUUCAAGCUGCAGGCAAGGCAAUAUAUAUUUGGAGUUUGAAGUAUAUUGUAGAAGGCCCUGCUUACAAGCUUUGGUUAGAAGGACGUUUAGAUAUUAACCCAAGAUUUGAUAGAAAAGUAGCAGAGUUACCAAAAACCAUAAACUUUUACUGGUUAUUAAAA